ACGUGCCACCAUGACCCUUGCCUAUAAAUAACCCUCUCCCUCCUCUCUCCCUCCAAUCACGUCCCCUCUCCCUCUGCGUUCGGCUCAUAUUUUCUUUCUCUGUUUUCAACAAUGGUAGAACCUGCAACCAAUACUCAGGCAGCUACAAAGGUAGUGCCUUUGUUGAAGGAUGAGCUUGAUAUCGUGAUUCCCACAAUAAGGAAUCUCGAUUUCUUGGAAAUGUGGAGGCCUUUCUUUCAGCCUUACCAUCUUAUCAUUGUUCAAGAUGGUGAUCCUUCAAAGACCAUAGCUGUCCCUGAUGGUUUUGACUAUGAGCUCUAUAAUAGGAAUGACAUUAACAGAAUUCUUGGUCCUAAGGCCUCUUGCAUUUCCUUCAAGGACUCUGCUUGUCGCUGCUUUGGCUACAUGGUUUCCAAGAAGAAGUAUAUCUUCACUAUUGAUGAUGAUUGCUUUGUUGCUAAGGAUCCCUCUGGCAAGCCGAUCAAUGCACUUGAGCAGCACAUCAAGAACCUUCUCUGUCCAUCCACUCCCUUUUUCUUCAAUACCCUUUAUGAUCCUUACAGAGAUGGUGCAGAUUUUGUGCGUGGAUACCCUUUCAGCCUUCGUGAGGGUGUCAAAACCGCUGUUUCUCAUGGCCUCUGGCUCAACAUCCCUGAUUAUGAUGCACCCACUCAGCUUGUCAAGCCUCUAGAGAGGAACACUAGGUAUGUGGAUGCUGUUUUAACGAUUCCAAAGGGUACCCUCUUCCCUAUGUGUGGUAUGAAUUUGGCAUUCGACCGCGAGUUGAUUGGCCCUGCGAUGUACUUUGGUCUCAUGGGUGAUGGUCAGCCAAUUGGCCGCUAUGACGAUAUGUGGGCUGGCUGGUGCACAAAGGUUAUCUGUGACCAUUUGGGACUAGGAAUCAAGACUGGUCUGCCCUACAUCUAUCACAGCAAGGCGAGCAACCCAUUUGUGAACCUAAGGAAGGAGUACAAGGGCAUCUUUUGGCAGGAAGAGAUCAUUCCAUUCUUCCAAGCAGCCACUCUUCCAAAAGAUUGCACUUCUGUUCAGAAGUGCUACAUUGAACUGUCGAAGCAGGUUAAGGAAAAGCUUAGCAAGGUUGAUCCUUACUUUGAGAAACUCGCAGAUGCUAUGGUCACAUGGAUUCAAGCGUGGGAUGAGCUUAACCCAUCUGGAGCUUCUGCUAAAGUAGCCAAUGGAAAAGCAUAAUUGAAAAUUUUGGAAAUGAUUAAUUGAAAUACCAAUAGCAUAAGAAAGGAAAGUGAAAUACUUAGUGGUUUGGAUCUUUUAUUCCAGACCAGUGGUCAAAUGCAUGGAUUUCAGGAUCAGGACAUGUAUUUAUUUUUUCUCACCAUUUAACUUAAUGGAUGAGUUUUUCAGCAAAUAAAAAGCAUCUUCAUAGCA